AUGUCAUUUCUGGAAUUUUUGGAGCGUGCUAAAGGCACCAUAUUGUACGGUUUCAGGGGAGGUCCAGCUGGAAUCAUGAAGGGCAAGUAUGUGGAACUUACACCAGAAUAUAUUUACCCAUACAGAAACCAGAAAAUUUUCUUUUAUCAGGGUGGUUUUGAUAUGAUAUGUAGUGGAAGAGAUAAGAUUGAAACUCCAGAGCAGUUUCAACAAGCUGCAGAUACUGCCGCGAAGCUUGAUUUGGAUGGACUUCUUGUUAUUGGUGGGGAUGACUCGAACACAAAUGCCUGCCUCCUUGCUGAGAAUUUCAGGGGAAAGAAUUUGAAAACUCAGGUGAUUGGGUGUCCAAAAACCAUUGAUGGUGACUUGAAAUGCAAAGAAGUCCCAAUAAGUUUUGGGUUUGAUACUGCUUGCAAGGUGACUGCAACUAAAAGAAAUUUUUUAUUACUUGAACCCUUAAAUUUCUUUGUGGUCCUUUCCAUAUAUCGUGUAGGAAAUUUUGGAGCAGCAAUCUUUAUUUUUUAGCAGAUACGCUCCAGA